AUGGCCAAGAUUGCCUUGCAGCUGCAAGGGCACGCGGCUUCUUCGAAGGCCAUGGAGGAUUUGACAAAAGCGAAAGCCGAGAUGGAGUUGAAGAAGAUCGAUGACCAAGUGCCCGAGGAUACCUGGGUGGACGCGAUGAAGGAGUUCGCUGCAGGAUGCUGUCGGUCUGUCAAGAAGCAAGAGGAAUCUGCAGCCUGA